AUGCUGAAGUAUAAUGGAGCGGAAGAGGCCUCGACUCAGUCUAAGGAGACGGGGGUGUGGUGGGACAUCAAUAUCUGUCAGGUUCCCCAAGACUUUGAUCCUUGUAAGGUCCGUCAGAAAUUAGAAUCAGCGUUUUCACACAGCCUUCCUACCACCGUCCUUGCCUUUGGCAACCUAGAACGCAUCCCCCCUAGCGUCUUGGAAGCGAUCUCAUCCACUGGAAUCAUUCUGAGACACGACCAAGAAGGUGAAAAGAAAUCCAUUUUUCUGGAUAUGAAGAGGUGGACAGAUGAAAAUCCACCUCCAGCAACGUUAGUUCUCAUAUCUGAUCGUGAAGAGCACUUUGUUGAAAGUGGGGUACUCCCCUCGUUUGAGGAGCGUGGAUACACGAUUAUUCGUUCAUUUCAAAACCAUCCGAAAGUUCCACCCAAUUACGCUUCUCGAACGAUCCUUUGGGAUUACUUAUUGUCAGCCAUGUCUGAGGAUACUAAACAGGAGUUGAAGGACAAGUACACUUUAAGUGAAACUGCUUGGCAUUGCGACAUAUGUAUAGUUUCUGGCGAAAGCGUUGAAAGUUUGACCAGGCAUCUCAAAAGUGAAGAACAUAAAAAACAAGGGUUGAUGUCUAUGUCUAUAGACCCUUGCUCUUCUGGAGAGGAAGAGGCCUCGACUCAAUCUAACAAGGCUAUUAAGAGGCAAUCAGAGGCAAGUCUCAACACUUCAAUUUCAAGGAUUUAG